GUAAAGGCGGAAUGUUAAUGUAAGCAACUUUCGAAGUCAUAUCACUAUGAAUAAAAGCUUGCAUACGUUUACUUAUCUGUCUUUCAUAUUCGGCUUCAUCCACAUCUUUGUUAUUCUUGAUCUGUAUCGAGAAUUCAGUACAGGACGCGUAAGUAGUACGAUCACAGUAUCAGCAAGGUAGUGAGAAACAGCUUUGCAACGGAAAAAGAGCAUGAGAAGUGGUUUAUAGGUACCAGGACAUGCGAUACUUUGAUCGACGUUGCUAUGAAUUUUACUCCAGCAUAGAUCCCGAUCGACUUUUAUUCUGUUCGGCAGGUUACAAAUUAGAGUGUGACCUUCUGUUGAAGGAAAGUUUUGUCAUAACGUUUCCAAAGUUUCACGAAUCAGUAGAAACUGCAUUGGUUCUCUCAGGAAUUGGCUGCAAAAAACCGAAGUUAAUUAUUUAAGUCUGUCCGAUUUUACAAGAACCGUUAAUUCCUCAAGAACGUUCCAGAAAAUCCUUUAACUAACGUGGACUUUUAUUCAGCGAUGGAGAUUAGCUCGUGAAAGGGCGAGAAAUGACACACAUACUUUGUGGUGUUAUCUUCCACAGAAAUAAGGUCUCCUAACCUGCAAAAAACUGUUCAUUAUAGUAGUAUAGUAAAGCCAGAGCCUUCGGACAUUUUGUAGAGGAUCUGUAUUCGGUGUAUUUUUAUACUCGUACGGACACUUCGUUCAGCCAGCUUUGGCUUUUUUUGUAUGCACAUAGGCGCUGAUCCCGUUCUGCAUCUCUAUCGAUACUUAGUUCAAAACCUGCGUGAGUUACUUCUUUUUCAUAAAAUCGGUUAUAGGAAGACAUCUAUAUUCUAGCAACUCUUGAGCAUACCACUAUCAUAACUUUCGUCUUUUUUUCUAUCGUUAGUCGACCAGAUCAAGAAUAACAAAGAUGUGGAUGAAGCCGAAUAUGAAAGACAGAUAAGUAAACGUAUGCAAGCUUUUAUUCAUAGUGAUAUGACUUCGAAAGUUGCUUACAUUAACAUUCCGCCUUUACAGCUCGAUAUUAUAUGGAUGAUUUAUAACAGCUGGUUAAAAGAGGAAAAACGUGCAAUUACAAUGGAACAACGAAACUUUUUACAGUUAUUUCUUGAAAAACAUCAGCGAAUGUCGCCAUUAUUUGUAAAACUUAUUUUUGAUUUAAUUAUCAAAUGGCAUUCCUACGAUAAGCUUGAUGAGGCAUUGUUCGAGAUAAAAGAUGUUAAUGACUGUAUUGUACUUAUACUUCGUCGUAUGCAGACAAUUCAUAAUUCGGUUUUUUUCAGUCGUGCACUAUCCUACAUUUCAGCAUUUAAAAAUGGUAUUACGCAAACUGAGUUAGAAGAUUUGUUAAGUCUCGAUGAUCAAGUGCUUGAAAGUGUUUUUGAGUACUUUCUGCCUCCUGUUAAACGUAUUCCACCGUUGCUAUGGACACGACUCAGGAAUGAUCUAGAAGAAUAUGUGAUUGAAAGUAGAGGAGAUGGUGUUGUCAUAAUGAAAUGGUUUUAUCGGAAGUUUCGUGCAACAAUAAAAUCAGAAUAUGGAUCGCCAAGCCUAGUUCAGCUAACCAGUAAAGGUUAUUCACUAAGUCAAGAAUUCGAUCCAGAGGUUAUCAGAAAUAUUAUCUAUCUGUAUUUGGAUAAGUUUAAAGAUAGAAAAAAGGAAUUUUGUAUUAACGAUCAACUACGGAAAAAGUACGGACUUCAAAGCAACGUGGUAGAAGCUGAUCGCCUUGUAAUGUCUCAGGCAACCGAGUUCUGUGACUCAGAUGGUGUGAUCCAAUAUAACAGGCGAAAACUGAAACAACUACCGCAUUUCUUGAAAAAACUUUCACCCAAUGAAAAAAAUUUAAUUAUUUCACUAGAAAUGAUUUAUAAUUAUCAAUGGAUGCAUGCUGCCUAUAUCUGCACUGAUACCGCUGCUAUCGAACAUUAUUUAAUGAUGCUGACAAUCUCUAUUGCGCACAGUCCACAAGCCACGGAACAACUGCGUGAAUCGGAGUCUGCAGCAAAUACUCUUAUGAUGAUUUAUCAGCAGCUUGGGUAUGCAUUUUUUAGUGAAUAUCCCGACAAUUUUGCAUUUGAAAUAUGCUCACGUUUAACACCGUGGUACGGAACAAACCAUUUCAUCACUCGUUUAAUCGAUACAUGUGACAAAUUUAUAGAUGCCAACGGGCCGGAUUGGCUGACUGUUAAUUGUAUUGGAGAGUCACUAGUUGUUUUUGCUGACAACAACGCGAAUUAUUUUGAAUGUUGGAAUUUUAAAGAUAACGUACUCGUCGAGCGUGUUGAUUUACGUGCAACAGCUAAAAUAAUAUUAGUAUCAGAAUGUUGGAAUUUCAUCCGAGGUAAAAUCAUUGUUGCAUAUUUAACCGAUGGAACAAUUCAUAUUUAUGGUUUUAAUAAAACUCUACUAUUACGUAAUUGGGGUCAUGUAUCCGUUGGCAAAGACCUUGAUUUACUGUCUCUAAUGCCACCUUAUUUAGUUUGUACAUUUCACUGUAAGCCAAACACAUCCGAACAACCAUGUCUAAUGCUCAUUGAGUUAACAAAGAUACUAUUGUUAACAGCAGAAUUCGAAGAAGGAUCACUAAAUGAUAAAACAGAUCUCGAACCGCCGGUGCAUUUUGAUGAUCAAGAGUGGUUACGAGUAUCGAUAGUACGAUUUGAGCCACGCCUAGACACUCCGAUAACGCAUAUCGUACACCCAACCAGAGACUUGAUAACAUUUGAAGAAGAAAUACCCACACAGUCCGGUAUCCCAUUCAUUGUCAUGGCUGCCACUCCCAACAGCUUAUACCUUAUUCACAUAUGUCACGGGGAAAAAUUAUCAUACUUCAAGUUGUGUGGAAAGUUCGACACAUUUACCGUAAACCAAUUUCAGCCGUUUUCAAUUUUUGUAGCGGACGGAGGGAUCGUGCGAAAAUACCGGUGGCAAUGCACUUCUAUUGACGAAGCACCGGGUCAUAUCUGUCAUUGCCAUAAUACUGAAAUUCAGAUAAGUGGCUUUAAUAUCACUUCAAUCAAACUGCAUAGUGGUGAGUAGAGAUAUCCACGCUGAAACACUUUUAGUCUCUGUCCCAUUGAUCCCGUAACAAUAAAAUUUUCGGUUCCUGUUUUCUCCCCAAACAUGCCCUCAAAUUUGACCAGUUUGUAGAGAACACAUUCGGUGGUAUGCCUAUGCAAUAAAAAACUCGCUGAUCAAGUAUUGACAGAGUUAUUAAUUAAUUAAGUUCAAAAUUACUUGAAAGUUUUAGUU